AUGGAUUAUAAAGUCCCCACGCAUGCAGAAAUCGAUGAAUAUUUCUCUAAUAAUCUGGUGUCGGAAUGGCAUCUUCUUAAUGUAUAUAUGAAUUCCAAAUUAGAGUCCAGCCCACUUUUGACGGCACCAGAAUUAUUUAGGUCCAUUUGUAAAUUGCUGAGUUUAAUUGAGACAAAUGAGAAGAACAGUUACCCCAAAUAUGUUUCAGAAUAUGCGAAAAAGCUAAGGAUAGCUGUGAAGAAGAUUGUUGAGCGCGCUGAACGACAAGAAUUAAUGAGAGAAAAUGAGAAUGAAAUUCAACAAAAACAGUCGAAAGCAUUGGACAAAAUAACCAAUGCGAUUGUUGGAAAAACUGGAAAACGUAAAAGAGACAGUAAUGAUGAUGAUGAGAAUAAGACUGACAAUAAUAGGAUUUCUAAAAAUGGAAAGAUUGAACCAAUGGUCCAAGAAAAUUAUGAAGAAAUAGCUACCUCCGAAAAAGGACAUAGUAAUGGCUUCGAAAUAUCUUCAUUUGGUAUUGAAGUGGGAUCCAAACAAAUAUCUACGUGGGACUAUGUGAUAUCAAAAAUGGAAAUAAGAGAAGAUUCUUCGAAGGAUUGGAUAAAUGAAGGCCACAAUUUUUCUGAAGAUUUUCAACAAUUUCAGAAGUUAAUUAUCGAAAAACUAAAAACUGAUCCAACCUUAAGUUAUGCGACUGAUGUUGAAUCCAUAAUUGCCUUAACGAGCAUUAUGAUAUUAAGAAAGAAUAAAAAACCAGCCUAUGUUUUAUGUACUGACAAUGAGUGGCGGAUGGCGUUUCCACAAAUUAACUAUAAAUUCAAGAUUCCAGCCCUUGUCCAAGUCACUGUAUGCUCAUAUACACAGCCUUUAAUGAGGAAUGAUUUGGCUGAAUUUGAAGAAUUGUGGAGAUUGAACUGGAGUAAAGUAUCCUUAUUGGAAAAUCAAGAAGAUAAGAGGAUAUUCGACUUAAUGCAGAUUAUAACGCGUAAUUUUUUUUACAACUUACCUUAUGGUAAGAAAAAGAACUUAUCAAAUGAAGACACCUAUGUUCACAAAACUUGCCAUGCAAUCUUGGAGGAAAUUUUUCCGUGUCGAAACCCUACAACUUGUAUGAUGAAAGUGAGAUUUUAUUCAAUGAAAUUAAGCCCCCAAAAGUGGAAAAUCAUGUCUAUUGUGAAUCAGGCACUUGCCAAACUGGCUAUACUUAUGAAAGAUGCACUAGAUAUAGGAAUUUAUGAUGAAACAUACGGUGUACUCAUUAAUGGAAACAGAAUUGAAUUUUGGAGAAUCACUCUACAUUACGAUGGCUUAUAUCAGUUGGUGUCUCUAGUUGAAAUGACUUUUCCCACUAAGGUAGCAGAGUUCCUUGUGAUUCUCUCUGUCAUGGAAAGAUGUUACAAAUUAAAAGAGCUUGUCCUUGAAACUGAACAACGUAACAUGAGAAAGAGUAACUUCAAACUGAAUGAAAACUUUCAGCGUGGUUCAAACUCUAGUUCUAUGAAGACAAAAGUGCCUAUUAUUAUUAUUCAAAAGUCUCAAAAGUGA